AUGCGUUUCACCUCCGUCUUCGUUGCCGGCGCCUUCGCUGUCAUGGCCUCUGCCCAGAGUGCCACUGUUUCCGUCUCCCCCGCCCAGCAGUCCCAGCUCGACUGCCUUGACGCCUGCGAUGCUGGUGAUUUUUACACGCUUGUACACAACAAGCCACUGACAUUAUUCAAGGUCCCUUCUCCCAACGAGAAGCAGGUCAACGCCACCAACGAGUGUGUUGCCAACUGCCCCAAGGGCAAGGGCUCCGAGGCCGACACCCAGAAGUACGCCGCUUGUCUUGAGCAGUGUGUUUCCGACAACUACUGGAAGACCGUCGACGGUACUCCUCGCGAGACCGCCGCCUCUGGCAGCUCCAAUGAUGAGGACUCCUCCAGCAAGGCUGCUGGCUCCAAGGCCACUGCCACUGGCACCGACGCUACUGCCGCCGCCUCUGCCUCUGCUUCUGGUUCCGGCUCCGAGGAUAGUGCUUCCGAGACCGCUUCCGACUCUGAGGCCUCUGGCACCGCUUCCGGCACUGCUGCUUCCUCCACCGAGACCGGCAACGCUGCUCCCGCCCUCGUCGGUGGCGUUUCCCUCCUGGGUCUAUUCGCUGCCGUCCUUGCUCUGUAAAUUGGACAGCCCUUUGGUGUCUGGUUGAUUGGAAGGAUGUAAUGGGUUUUGCUAGAGCGGUAAUGAUGGUUGGAGUUUGAUAUCACAUGAACAUGUUGGCAGCAUGAGAGGAGGACCCUCCCGGUGGUCGUUUUUUCAUGGACAAAUUUGGGACACGUUUUGCGUUCACAUACAAGCUCAAGACAUGGGCAUGAAUACAAUACCACUUUU